AUGGCUCAAGGCAGCUUCAUCUUCAGAAAUGUGUCAGGUCCAAACACUGAAGAGUGCGUUCCUAACUACCAGGGAAUCGACUUCAGUUAUCAGUCGGACGUGGACUACCUCAAGUGUGAGAACUGUUUCCAACCCGGCGCCACCAUGAAGCGGCUGAGCCUUCGGAGGAGGCCCGUGGUGGCCGUCAGUCAUGACCAGGAGAGCGCACAGGGUGGCAUCUCGUCCGGCCAGUGGCAUUCUGCAGAAUCCUUGUCGUCGUCAAGCCGGGAUGAUACGAGACUGCUGGGCAUGUCGUCUGCAACCAGAGGUCGACCUCCUCUUCCUCCACCGCACGGUUCCUCGGUGGAUAACAAACCCUCCAGGAAUGAAGGACCGUCAACCUCUCAGAUACCCAAUGAGUCAAAGCCUCAGCCUGCUGCAAGAUCUUCUGCUUUACAAAGACAAAGCCCCGAAAAGACCUCAACAGAGACCCUCAAACACUUGGAUCGGGAGGUGACGAGGCCGCCUCCACCUCAGCCCCGUCCCCGCCGUCGACUGGCCAGCUUUGGAGGGGUAAGCUCCCAUGGCUCACCUUCCCCCUUCACUGGCCUGGGCGCAUAUAAUCAGAACAACAAUGGGAACAAGCCUGCUGGCUCAGGAGGUGACGUGCACGUCCACCUUGGCUCGUCCCUGGGCAGUCGAGGCAGCACAGGAUGCCUCGGGCUGAGCCCUCAGAGCUCUGGUAGAACCACCUCUGUUCCAAGUCUCGGCCCCAUGCACCUUCAGCACGUCCGCGACCAGAUGGUUGUGGCUCUGCAGAGGCUGAAGGAGCUGGAGGAGCAGGUCACAAACAUACCUAUCCUCCAAGUAAAAAUCUCAGUCCUUCAGGAGGAAAAGAGGCAACUGGUCUCCCAGCUCAAAAACCAGAGCGACAACACUGAUGUGAUCUGGAAGAGAGCAUGUAGCGUGGGAACAUGGGACAUUGAGAAGGAAGGACUCGGGGGCAUAACGAGAAGUGACUGCACCGACCUCAAGGAGUUCAGGCAACUGACUGAAGAGAUGCGGGCACUGGAAAGAACCAUCCAGGGCGGACAUUUGCAAGAGCGGCAUGGAAAAGACCAAAUCCUUCUGCGUGACAAGGCUAUCAAAUCAGUCGCAGUUGGAACUGAUGAAGAACCCACAAAAAAAAACAAAUAUGUGCACACUGAUCGGGUAGAGAUGAGGUCCAUUGGGACAGAAGUGUCUGAAGUUAAUCUUGGACUUUACACAGAACGGGAAGCAGAGAUUGACGCCCAACAGCUGAUAAUUGGUGCCUUGAAGGAGAGAAUUUGUCACUUAGAAGCCGAGUCGAAAGAAUCCGCUCUCCAGGCGGAGAUGAGCCGUCUCAAACUGGAGCUUCAGGGUGCGGGAUCGAGGAACCGAGCCGAUAAAGCCUCCUUUGCUAGACCGUCCACCGUGAGCACGGCUACCGAGGCGAGGCCUCACACCACAAGCCAGGGAGUCGGUAAUCACACAGAGCUCCGAGAUGUCGGCACAGGGGAGGCCACAGAGGUGAAGACUGUGGAAAUAUUUUGUUGCAGGCCUGAGCUGAAGAAUGUUCGCACAGGACCAGAUGUACCAAUGAGCCACUGGGAGGUCAGGGAGCGAGUGGAGACCGUGGAGAAGGGCGUGGGGAUCCGAGUCUUAACCAACACACAAGGAGUUGGGAUGGAGAUAAAAUUAUGUGAUGCAGAAACCAACACAGAGGUACCAGUGGAAAGUCUGUGCUCUAAGAAAAGAAAGACUACGUAUAAUUUGGUGGGCUGUGGGGACUGUUCUGUGGAUGUGAUCAUCUGCGAGGCAAAGGAAGUGGUUUCUCAAGGUAUUGCCACAGAUCAAGUCCGAGGAGUGGAUCUGGGAAUCAUGGCUUCACCCCAGACAGCUUCUCAGCGUACCAACACCGUAUCCAGUUCAGUGUCUCGCUUUACCAACACCAGACAUGCCUUCAACACAGACUCCAGCACCAAUACUGUCCUAAAUACCCAAGACAAGCACACCAACACCACUCAGACUAUUACGAGGACAGCGUCAGUAGGCAACGGGGUCAAAGGCGCUAAAUGCACCCCAGAGACCCGCACAAUCGGGGUAGGAACUGCAAACCUGGCCGGAAGUGCCCUAAAACAAACACCAAGGACAGUCGCCAUGGUGACGCGAGACGCUGGCGUUGGAUUCACCAACGUUAAUGAGAACUUCCUGGUUGGGUUGAAAACUCGAAAUAUGGCCUCUGGACCCUCCCAUCUCCCAGACCCCGUCAGGACGAGGAGCAUCGGCGUCGGGGAGGGGAGGAUACGGGAUUUGUCUGCUUCACCCAGCCAGACCGCCCGGCAGUCUUCACAGUCCAAGUGGGACCCGGAGCUGAACCACUACAUAGAGAAGAUGCAUUGGCUCCUCCGGGAGCACGGGGAUCUGCUCGCAGAAGACCACCACGCUCAAACCAGGGAGGGGUUUGCCCAGCAGGGCAGGAGCCGAGGAGGUGCCGGCUCCGAGCUGUCCUGCAAUAGCAAAGCUGCGGCACCAGGAACAGAAGUCCACUGUUUAGAUUCUCAGGAACCAGUCGGAGGAGACUUUCAGUCCCCGUCUCAACUCUCAGUGGACGAAGAAAACCAAGGAACCUGCCAACCAGCUGGCAAUGAUUCAGAAGUUAAAAGAAUGAUACAGAUGUUGGAGCAGCAGACAUCCUCAGCAGCUCGGCAAGACAGGUCAGCUGACCCCGCCGUGCGGUCUGCAGUGAAGAAACCAACCGGUGACCAAGGCUGCAGCAGCACCAGGAGGAGCAUGCGGUUUCUGAGGGUGACGACGGGGUUGGACCCCACGACCUCUUAUGAGCUCUCUGCCAGCGAGAAGACCAACCCUGAGGUGGUGGAGAGGAGAGGAAGCAGAAAGUCAAGGGAUGCUUCUCAGGAUGGAAGGAAGGGUAAAAGUGGCUCCAGCAAGGGGUCCAGAGCUUCUGCAAAGCCCCACACACAGAGGGGGAAGACAAGUGAAGCCAUGUUUUCAGCUUGUCAAGCCUUAAAGACGCAUCUGAGGGAUAACACGGCCCUGACCAGCGGGGAACUGCACGACUGUCUGCAAACGCUGCAGCAGGAGUGGUUCUCCGUGUCCAGCCACCGGUCGGCGACCCCCGGCGCCCUGGGGGAGUACCUGUCCACGUGUCGCCUCGUUUCCCCCGAAGUCCUGCAGCACGUCGCCAACAUGGCCGACGGCAACGGCAACACGGCGCUGCACUACAGCGUGUCCCACUCCAACUUUGGCAUCGUCAAGAAACUGCUGGAUGCAGAGGUGUGUGACGUCAACCAGCAGAACAACGCGGGGUACACGCCCAUCAUGCUAGCUGCGCUCGCUGCUGUGGACCGGCCAGAGGACAUGAGGGUGGUGGAGCAGCUCUUCACGGGAGGGGACGUCAACGCCAAGGCCAGCCAGGCCGGGCAGACGGCUCUGAUGCUCGCCGUGAGCCACGGCCGGGUGGACAUGGUGCGGGCGCUCCUGGCACAGGGGUCGGAGGUCAACCUCCAGGACGACGAGGGCUCCACGGCGCUGAUGUGCGCCGGCGAGCACGGCCACGCCCACAUCGCCAGGCUGCUGCUGGCUCAGCCGGACUGCGACGCCGCCCUGACUGAUAGUGAUCAAAGCACCGCCUUGUCCAUCGCUCUGGAGGCGGGACAUAGCGACAUCGCGGUGCUCCUUUAUGCACAUGCCAACUUCUCCCGAGGCCAGACGGGGGCAGCCGCUCGUCUCAGUGGAAAGUCUCCCUCCUCCCCCGGCAGAGCUCUCUUUGAAUGA